AUGUCCAGAACUAGUAUUGUUCGUGGAGAAACCAAAGGAGUCGAAAUUGCAACCCGUAAUAGUAUCAACAAUUUAGUGAAUAACAAGGAUUUAAAGACUCUUGAAGCAGAGGGAAGGAAUACUGAUAAAUCAUGGAAUUUGCAAAAUUUACGCGAUACAAUUUUGACACGAGAUCUGGAAGUUUUAUACAAACAAUACUCUAAAAGAUUGGAAUAUAGCCACAUUUCAAUAUUUCUUUACAUAUUUACGAGUCUUAAUGUUGUGCAUAUAGGCCUGCUGCUUUACAACAAACAGGAUCAAGAUAUUAAUUAUCUUAUAGAUUAUUUAUGUUAUGGAUUUGCUACAGUUCUUGUUUGGCCAUUACUGGGAUUACUGUUUUAUAGCAAACUUCAUAGAAAAUUUCACUGGGCUAAAUAUGUAAUUUCAUCAGUAGCCAUAUUUCUUCUUGUGGUAUCAGAUCUUGCAGUGCCUUUAGGCCAUUGGGGAGAUGAGAAAGAUACUAAAGCCCAGCCAGUGCGUCCGGCAAGAGCUUCAAUUGCCAUUUUAACAUGUCACCUUUUAAUACCUGUCCUAAGGAAUCUUCAUACAGUUAUCAUGGGAUUUACCAUUACUGCAUCACACUUAGCAGUUCUAACAUUCAUAACACAUCGCGAUCAAUCAAAUGUUGCAAUUUUGGUAGUUGGUGAUGCCUUGUAUUUAAUUUGCAUUAACGCGUUAUGCAUAUAUUUUCGAUACAUCAGAGAAAUACUGCUACGCCGAAUAUUUCUAGACAGAAGGGCAUGUUUAGAAACAGCUGAACAAUUAAAAUACGAACAAGAUCAAGAGGAGAGACUGAUGUUAAGCAUUCUUCCGGAAUAUAUAAUGCAAGAAAUGAAAGCUGAUAUUCGAAAUGCUUGCAUGAAACUGAUUGGAAAACAUGAUACAGGGACGAUUAUUCAUAAACCACGUAGUCCAUUUAAAGAUAUUUACGCUCAGGAAUUUCUGGAUGUAUCUAUUUUGUAUGCAGAUAUAGUGAACUACACACAAAUGACUACAAGAUUAUCAGCAAGAGAAUUAGUAGAAACACUGAAUGAAUUAUUUGGACAUUUUGAUAAAGCCUCGGAAAGACAUAAUGUAUUGCGAAUUAAGUUUCUGGGAGAUUGCUACUAUUGUGUUUCAGGAGUUCCUAAACACGAUCCUAGACAUGCUCGAAACUGCGUUGAUCUCGGACUGGAGAUGAUCACGAUUAUUGGUGAAGUGAGACGUCGUCGAUCAUUGGACGUAGAUAUGAGAAUUGGCGUACACUCUGGAAAUGUAAUUAGUGGAGUUUUGGGCGCAAAAAAGUGGCAGUAUGAUAUAUGGUCCCGCGACGUAAAAAUAGCCAACAUCAUGGAAUCAACUGGUGCACCAGGUAAAGUUCAUGUAACAAAACAAACAUUGGAUCUUUUGGAUGGUAAAUACAAAUAUGAGCCAUCUCCAAAAAAAUCUCAAGCCCGAACUCAUCCACUACUUGUAGAAAAUAAUAUUGAAACAUUUUUGAUCUCCACUCAAAUUAAAACUAAGGAUCAUAUUCCCAGGAUUUAUCAAAGACAAGUUUCAAAAACCUCACACGAAAGCAGCAUCCGAAAUGAGCCACAUUCGCUGUCUCUAAAUAUUGAUUCUGCUAUCGUUUCACAAAGACGAACAUUUAUGAACAGCAGUUCGCAACGAAGUGUUAUGAUACAGCAAAAAGCAGAUGAAGAUAUGUUGGUAUCGAUUGAUGAAUUGCCAAUAGGUGAUUUCAGGCAAUUUACUACGUGCAAUAAUUGCUCGCCAAUGUUUACAAUUUUCAAAAAUUCUUCGUGGGAGUUGCCAUAUAUGAAACAAAACGAUCCACUGUUCAAAUACUACGUUGCUGCUGCUUGCUUUGUAUUAAUAAUUAUAAUAAUGAUAGAGAGGCUUUCACUAGUAGAUUGGGAUUCAACAAUGUGCAUAAUAUUUCUGGGAUCAGCGAUAAUAUUAUUUAUAACAAUCAUUUUAUCUUGGUCUCAUUGGAUGUGGCAUAAAUAUGAUACAAGAGAUAGAUCAUCAUCAGUUUUAGGCAUAUUCAGAAAGAGUACCAAAAGCUCUCGAGCUAACAGAACAUCGAUUGCUGUACCUGGAAGACUAUCGGAAACAAGUUCUCCGGAUUCUCCUCAACGAAAACCAAAAUGGGCUGUAACACGUGCGUUAUAUCUUGUAUCAAGGAAAAUUGUCACAAGCGCCGCCAUUCGUUCAUUUGUCUACUGCGGCCUAAUAUUAAUAUUAGCCACAUGUGCAAUGAUCAAUUUGCACUUUUGUGAUAAUCUUGGAAAACGCCUUUCCAUUACUCGUGAUGAAAUAAGUGCUUUACGAGUUGUUACUAAAUGCACCAUAUCAGUGUGGUUCACAACCUAUAGUGUUUCUUUAGUUAUCAUGAUGUGUUUUAUGUUUUAUAAAAUUCAUUAUUUAUUAAAAUUAUCGACUGGCUUGACUGUGAUUAUAAUAUACUACUGGAUAAUAUGGUUUUUUAGAACUGAUUUAUAUUCGAAUUCAUCUAGCUGGAAUGCGACCCUAGAUCCACGAUGGGCUCAUACGUUGACGGUGAGCGUGGUGUUCCUGAUGGUCUUUGCAACGGAUCGUCAAUGUGAACGGGUGCAGCGAUUAGAUUUCAGGUGGAAACAGAUUUUGCUCAAUGAACGAGAAAGUUUUAAUACUGCUUACCUCGUAAACAAAGUAUUGUUGGCCAAUAUACUACCACAAGCUGCAGCGAACUAUUUCUUAGACCCAGCCCAAAAUAUGGGCGAACUAUAUUAUGAAGAACAUCCAAACGUUGCUGUAUUAUUUGCAUCCAUAACAGACGCAGAAUUGGUAUCAGGUGAAGAAGUUGCUCAACUAUCGGAAAAAGGUGUUUUGGGAGUACUGAACACUAUAAUUUGUGCUUUUGAUACGCUAUUAUUUCAAAAGCGAAAAUUUUCAGUGGAGAAAAUAAAAAUGUCAGGCUGGACUUAUAUGGCGGCUUGCGGCCUGCGCAAGGAGGAAAAUCCAGAUGAAGGCGUGGUUCUUGUUUUGGCUGAAUUUGCAUCUGAUAUGAUUAGCGCUCUCCGCAUAGAAAAUCGAUCGACAUUUCAAACUUUCAAACUUAGAAUAGGAAUAGAUUACGGAAAUGCAACUGCCGGAGUGGUCGGUGCAAAAAAGCCGCUUUAUGAUAUAUGGGGUCACGCAGUAAAUAUGGCUUCAAGAUUAGAUACAACAGGACAAGCUGGAAAAAUUCAGGUGAACCAAAGGACGGCGCAGAUAUUAGCCCGGCAUGAUGUACAGUGCGAAUACCGUGAUGAAAUAUUUAUAAAAGGAAAAGGAAUGACUACAACAUACUUCGUAAGAUUGGGAGAAAACGACAGACUUCUGAAAAAGCCAUCUGCAAUUCCAAUACAACCAAAUUCAUACGUAAAAUUUGAGGAAACUACUGAAGAAGCCACGAAAAUGUAAAAAGAACUAUUUAAAAAUAGACAAAUAGAAUUAUACAUUAUUAAACAUACAUAGAC